AUGCACACAUAAUCGGUUACAGCCAACCCAUCCUGAUGCAAUGUCGCAAGGCCGAGACCGUUCCGAAAAGAUCACUCGGGUGUGAGGCACAUGACUUGUGGUAGCUCCGAUCGUUGUUCGUCGAAGCACGUCAUGUUAUGACGAAACCAUGCGCCACGAAUGUUAUGUCGGACGCGGGCCGAACUUCGAAGGCAAAAAGGACGAGAGAAGGGGGAUGGCUCGCAUAUAAAAGGAGCGCCUCCCCACCUUUCCCCCCUCUCAUCCAGCAUCUGCAAUCAAACACAACCUUCAAACCCAACCUUCAAACCCAACCACCCAAACAAAACUCAAUCAUGCCUCUCAGAGUUCGCGUUGUUUCCAUCGCCGGCGUCAAGGACAAGGAUGACCUCGGUGGCAACGACUUGUACGUCAGGGUCUCGGCCGACGGCUCCAACUGGGAGCAGACCUCCGUGAAGAAGGGCGCGGGCAAGCAGGCCGUGUUCGACGAGGCCUUCACUUUCCCCAACUACACUCCCGGCGGUACCAUCUACGUUGAAGUGUACGACAAGGACGUUGGAACGGACGACAAGCUUGGCACUGCUAAGGUUCGUACCACCCUUGACACGCCAAUCACCCUAGCUCGCAAUUGAUAUAUGUCAUUCCCCUCACAGAUCACCCCCGAACUCACCGGCGCCGGCGAACAGGAAGUCGUCGCGGAGCUCUCCCACGGCCUGCUUCACUCCAAG